AUGCAGAAAGAAAAAGAUGCAAAUUCUAAACCUGUUCAGAAUUCUGUUGUUCAUGACAGCCCCCAAGGGGCUGCGCAUAGUGUCCCCUUGCUCAUUCUAGUUGAACCAGACAAUCAGCCCCCUAUAGAUGAGCCUUUACGGAAUAAUUCCAUGGAAAAAUCCACUCCAAGGGGUUCGACCCCUAAGCCAAAUAGUGAGACACCUGCUGCCUCAAAAAGACCUCCACCACCCUUCCCUCAACGGUUACAAAAACAGAAGCAAGACACUCAAUUUAGGAAAUUUCUAGACCUCCUAAAACAUUUGCAUGUCAACAUUCCAUUUGUGGAUGCAUUAGAACAAAUGCCCACUUAUGUGAAAUUCAUGAAAGAAAUUCUUUCAAGAAAAAGGAGGCUAGAAGAGUUUAAGACUGUUGCUCUUACACAAGAGAGCAGUCAAUAUCUGCUUAGUAAGAUACCUCCUAAAUUAGGAGACCCAGGAAGUUUUACAAUCCCAUGUACCAUAGGAGACCACUACAUAGGCAGAGCAUUGUGUGAUUUAGGUGCUAGUAUCAACUUAAUACCUUUGAGUGUGUACAAAAAGCUGAAAGUAGGAGAGCCUAAUCUCACCACUGUCACUUUACAGUUGGCUGAUAGGUCCUUAGUUUAUCCGGAAGGGAAAGUAGAGAAUGUCUUGGUGAAGGUAGAUAAAUUCAUUCUACCUGCUGACUUUAUUAUUUUGGACUAUGAGGAAGACCGAGAGGUGCCUAUAAUUUUAGGAAGGGCUUUCUUAGCCACUGGUGGGGCUGUGAUAGAUGUUAAGGAGGGUGAGUUGGCUAUGAAUGUGAAUGGUGAGCAAGUAAAAUUUAAUAUUUUGAAAGCCAUGAAAUACCCAAGAGACAUAGAGGAGUGUUUUAGGCUAGAUAUCAUUGACUGUGUAGUCAAAGAUAAAUUUAUGCAUGAAUCUGCAUUGGACUCUUUACAAAUUUCUGGUUUUGAGGGUCUUGAAAUCAGUCAAACUGAUUCAGAGGAAGUGGUUAAAUGGUUAAAUUCCAGAUCUUGUGUGGUUUGGAAAAAUAAAAAUUUUGAGUCCUUAGAAUUGGCCAAGAGAGGGUUAAAAAUUCCCAAACCCUCAAUUGAAGAGCCCCCUGUGUUAGAGCUCAAGCCUCUGCCUAAUCACCUUAGGUAUGCUUACUUAGGAGAACAAGACACAUUGCCUGUUAUAGUGUCCAACCUGCUCACUGUGUUAGAGGAAGAACAGUUGCUGACUGUUUUAAAAAAAUUUAAGAGAGCUAUAGGUUGGUCUUUGGCAGACAUAAAAGGAAUUAACACACUUCCUAUUACACACAUGAAAGAG